CUGAAGAGCCUGGAAACGUGAACAGGCUUGAAGUAUGGCAUGUUGCAAAGAUGGUUUCUGCCAAGAAGGUACCCGCGAUCGCUCUAUCCGCCGGGGUCAGUUUCGCCCUCCUGCGCUUCCUGUGCCUGGCGGUUUGUUUAAACGAAUCCCCAGGACAGAACCAAAAGGAGGAGAAAUUGUGCACAGAAAAUUUCACCCGCAUCCUGGACAGUUUGCUCGAUGGUUAUGACAACAGGCUGCGUCCUGGAUUUGGGGGUCCAGUUACAGAAGUGAAAACUGACAUAUAUGUCACCAGCUUUGGACCUGUUUCUGAUGUUGAAAUGGAAUACACAAUGGAUGUGUUCUUCAGACAGACAUGGAUUGACAAAAGACUAAAAUAUGAUGGCCCCAUUGAAAUUUUGAGAUUGAACAAUAUGAUGGUAACAAAAGUAUGGACCCCUGAUACUUUCUUCAGGAAUGGAAAGAAAUCUGUUUCACAUAAUAUGACAGCUCCAAAUAAGCUCUUUAGAAUUAUGAGAAAUGGUACUAUUUUAUACACAAUGAGACUCACCAUAAGCGCGGAGUGCCCCAUGAGAUUGGUGGAUUUUCCCAUGGAUGGUCAUGCAUGCCCUUUGAAAUUUGGAAGUUAUGCCUAUCCAAAGAGUGAGAUGAUCUAUACCUGGACAAAAGGUCCUGAGAAAUCAGUUGAAGUUCCAAAGGAGUCUUCCAGCUUAGUUCAAUAUGAUUUGAUUGGGCAAACUGUAUCAAGUGAAACCAUCAAAUCAAUUACAGGUGAAUAUAUUGUUAUGACAGUUUACUUCCACCUCAGACGGAAGAUGGGCUAUUUCAUGAUUCAGACCUAUAUUCCAUGCAUUAUGACAGUGAUUCUUUCUCAAGUUUCAUUCUGGAUAAAUAAAGAAUCAGUUCCUGCUAGGACUGUAUUUGGAAUAACAACUGUCCUCACCAUGACCACACUAAGCAUCAGUGCACGACAUUCUUUGCCCAAAGUGUCCUAUGCUACCGCCAUGGAUUGGUUCAUAGCUGUCUGCUUUGCUUUUGUAUUUUCGGCCCUUAUCGAGUUUGCUGCUGUCAACUAUUUCACCAAUAUUCAAAUGGAAAAAGCCAAAAAGAAGACAUCAAAGCCCCCUCAGGAAGCUCCUACUGCUCCAGCACCAAAAGAGAAGCAUUCUGAAGCCCCUUUGCAGAAUACAAAUGCCAAUUUGAACAUGAGAAAAAGAACAAAUGCUUUGGUUCACUCUGAAUCUGAUGUUGGCAACAGAACUGAGGUGGGAAACCAUAAAAGGAAAUCUUCCACAGUUGUUCAAGAAUCUUCUAAAGGCACACCUCGGUCUUACUUAGCUUCCAGUCCAAACCCAUUCAGCCGUGCAAAUGCAGCUGAAACCAUAUCUGCGGCAAGAGCACUUUCAUCCACUUCUCCUACUUCCAGCCGAACUGGAUAUAUGUCUCGAAAGGCUUCCAUUGGAUCUGUUUCUACUCGUCAUGUGUUUGGAUCAAGACUGCAGAGGAUUAAGACCACAGUUAAUACCAUAGGGGCUUCUGGGAAGUUGUCAGCUCCUCCUCCUCCAUCGGCUCCACCACCUUCUGGAUCUGGCACAAGUAAAAUAGACAAAUAUGCCCGUAUUCUCUUUCCAGUCACAUUUGGGGCAUUUAACAUGGUUUAUUGGGUUGUUUAUUUAUCAAAGGACACUAUGGAGAAAUCAGAAAGUCUAAUGUAAUUUUGUUGCUAUAGUAGUUUGCUAAAAGGUGAUGAAAAUGCAGAAUGUCUUUUUAAACGUUUUUAAAUAUAAACAAACAUUCUUUAUUAAAAGAAAAACUCUAUGUAAUUUUUCCAUUUAAAGAUAUAAGCCAGUUAUUGGGAGAGUUAAUUGAUCCCUCAGUGAAAAAAUGAACUAUGUUUUUUUUUUCUUUCAGAAAAAAUGAUUUUAAAAGAAUUCAACAUUCAAUUAGAUAGAGUACACUCCAUCCUGGAAAGUUGAGAUAAGAGAAAUAGAGCUAUUAGAGACAUGUGGUGCAUAUUUUUUCAUUGGUAUUUGAAAAGAGACUAUGACAUUUAAAAAAUCUACCCUAUGAAUAUCAACCUGCCACCCUAAAUUUCCCAGUGGCAUUGCCCUUAACCAGAAUUGUUUAUUGGAUGUCAUAUGCAGUGACCUUUGGUGAUCUUCUUAAGAGUUUUAAGAAAAGAAAUUUUCCUGUUAAAUGAAUCAUUGGCAAAAAGAAAUGGAAUAGUAUAACCACUGAUCAAUAGAGUAAAAUCUCUGCUGCAUCGAGAACUAAGACAUAGACCAGAGGAAAUAUGUUCCCUUUCUUAUGUUGGCCAAACAGUACUUAACAGUUGACUUGAAAUUUUGUGCUCUGAGCCAAAGUUUAACUCAUUGUAUAAAUUCUUUUUCAUGGUAGUUCAUUCAGUUAUGUAUUCAUUUACUACAUAGUUAUUGAGAGCCUAUUGCGUUCCAGGAACUAUGCUAGAAACUGUCUCUCUAGGAAAGCUCUUGCACCUUUACCUACAAUAUUACUUAAAAAGUAGAACAGUCAAUGCAUGCCAAAGAACCAUAAACUAGCAGAGGACAUUGCAUUCUUUAGUGAAGGGCAUUUAUUUAGAGUCUAACAACAUAUUCAAAAUAUUUUUCCACCUAUACUUAUAGUGGAUAACAAGUAUAUUUGUUCACAUAGCCACUUUGAGAUAAAUACAUGUUAGUACAGCUUCAGCAAUUGGUUUUCAAAAUAGAUGAGAAUGUGAUGCAGAUUGUUCUGUAAGUGAAAAGCAUUGUGUACUUGAAAGUAAAAAUCUGGGUGCUGUAAGACUUAAUAGAUUAACAGUCUCAAAUUUGAUUAGAGCCACAGAGUAGAGUUUGAUCAGAAUCCCAGAAUCAUUAGAUAUAGGAACUCAGCACAGGUUUUUUCAGGUGCUGUCCCCAGCAUAGAUCUACAUAUUAGCUAGUGAAAUGCUAAAUUUUGAAGAGCUCUUGUGUCCAUAGUUCUGUAAGUCUGGGCAGUUUUCAUGUUUGUGUUUUGGGAGUAAGGCUAUAGAACUAAGGUGAAUGUUUUAAAAUUAAAAGAGUGGCAAAUGAAAGGAGUAAAGUAAAAAACAGCCGUGGAAUGGGAUGUCACUGACUCUGUUAUGAAAUUUAUCAUGGUGUUCAUGUACUGAUUUCUUUCUCAUUAGGUAGGCUUAACAACUUAAUUGAAAAUUUAGCAGCUGUCUAUGCAGCUUAAUCCAGGUCUGGUUUUUAUCAUAUUACCUCUAGAUUUUCUUCUGUGCUUCUCUCUAUCUGCUUUGGAUUGGAUGAGUGAAUGUGUUCUAGGUGUUUUAGGGAACAUAUUGAUAGAAAUGGCCUCCUUGCAGACAAAACCUCUCUCUCUCUCUUUUAUUUUUUGGAAAGGAAGGGACAGUAGUUAAUUGGCAUCAAUUUUUCAUUUACAGCAUUACCUUGCAAUGAUUGUUUUUGAGACCUGAAAAUUGUGCAAAUGCCAAAUAUUAAUUGUAAGUCAUAUCUGAGAAUUCUUUCUUGAUUGUCUCUCUAGGUAUUCCAUAGAAUCAAUACACUUUAAGGCUAAAAGAUACUGUAGAAAUCACGCAGUCCAAAUCCCCCAUUUUAAAAUUGAUUCUAGUAAAAUUAGGCCCAGUAACAUUUGUAUAUAUGUAUAUAUUUAAUAAAGAGUACUUGUACAAAAAAGCUUAUCAUAAAUUAUUUCAUGAAUGUGAAUAGAUUUCUGGCCUUAAGGACAAUGCUUGGAAAUGUGGCUGGAAGCACAAUUCAUUCAUUACAUAGUUGUUCAGAGCAUACUGUGUUCCAGGAACUAUGCUAGAAAUGGAUAGUUUACUAUUCUGAUGAAAAGACUGUUUUUGUUUUGUUUCGUUUUGUUGUUGUUGUUGUUUUUUUUUUUUUUUUUGGUGAGGAACACUUACUCUUUGUACUCUUUGCUAAUCUAUUGGCCUAUCUUAAGAAAUAAUUCAUUUGCUUCCUUUAAAAAAAUUUUUCUACAAAUCUUACAGAGUUUAAAGAGAUAAAAAGAAAUGAUUUUAUAUUUGUAGACCAGAGAUCCAGGUGAACUCAUAAGUUUUUUUUUUUUUUUUUUACUUUUACCUAUGAGGGAUUAAAAAUAAAUCAGCUGGCCAAAGAACAGGAAAGAACAAAAUUAACCAAGGAUUCUUAAUUGCUAAUUUGAAGGACAAAUUAACCAGAAAGCCUAAUCAUUAUUAUAAAAUAAAUUAUUGCAUUUGCACACAAUGUUAAUAAUAAUAGUAAUAAUAAUAUUAUGUUGUUUUCUUUCCUUAACUAAAUUUCAUCAAAUUCAUUCAGUGUUUUUUAUUUUGGUCAUUAUUUCUAUCUUCCCAACAACCCAGAGGUACAUCAAGUACAAAUACUUUUGUAAAGAGCCAGUCACAUUUCAGUAUUAGAAAAUCUCACAAGAAUAAUUAGGGGCACCCAAAGUUCUGGUUAUCUGUGAAUAAUAAUAAUUUUGGCUGAGAAUGGUACCUUUAUAUAUCACUUUUAAAGAUGAAAUUCUGAAUAGUUUCAUUCAGGACCUAGUAUUCUCAGUCUAGGCUGGCCACUAACUGCUACAUAAUUUUAAUUUCCUCCAGGCAUGACUAGGUCUAAAAAUAUAUUUACAUGAUUAAUCCACAGUUAAAAAUGACUUGCAUUUGUGCAUAUACAUAGUUCUUUGAAUAAUGUAUAUUUCAAAUUGGACCUCACAAAUCUCGUAUUAAAGUAGGUAGAGAGUAGAGUCACCCUUUUUUUUGAUUAAAUGAGUCACAAAGAAGUCAAAUGACAAAGAUAAAAUCACAGGGUUGGAAUGAACUUUGAAAAGUCAUUUUUCAAUAAUCUCAUCUUAACAGUGACCCCAUUUCAAACAAUGCAUAAACAACUUAUUUGUGGCUUAUUUUACCUAUGAACUAGUCAAUUCUUCCUGGCCUAGAAAGAAUUGACUAGGCCAGGAAGAAUUGACUCUUCAUAUUCCUGUUUCCAAUGGUCUCCUCUUCUAAAUUUGUGAAUAAUCUCCAGUAGAAGGCACCAGGUAUGGGGAUGGGUCAGUUAAUUUCAGGUUAUGACUAUCUUGUGGUUUUAAACAAGUCACUUAACCUUUCUAGGACAGAUCCCUCAUUUAUAACAGGGAGGAGGUGGAUUAUGCAAUAUCUAAGAUCUUUUCAAUUUUCAUAUUCUCUGAUUCUCGUAAAUACAAGCAUACUCUUGUAAUAAAAACACUGAAACUUUGCAUCAAAAAUAAAUGUUUAUGGACAAAAAUUUAGUUCUACUGCUUGAUUACUUUGAGUUCAUGGCUAGCUUCAAACUAAGGUUUCCUUACCCUCAAAAUACAUUUAACAUAUCUCCAUUUAUAUUAAGUGUAAUCUUCCCCAGGGAAGAUUGUAUUCUUUAAAUACUGUAGAAUAUUGGUUAUUUCUCUUUUCUGGGAUUUUCUGGGCUUUCAUUCACUAAAUGGGCUCCUGCCCAGUUUAGGUACUGGGCUGAUUUUUAGAUAUACAAAAAUAAAAAUAACCCCUUUCCUUGCAGGUAGUCAGAGUCUGGCAGAGAAGAUAGCAUGUAACAAAUGUUUCAGUAGAAUAGAGCAGUGCCAAAACUAGGGUGAUACUCAUCUCAGGCACAAAUAUGUAUGGGGACACCAAAACUUCAAUAGUCAAGAUACAUAAUAUCUAAGUCAAUAUUUUUAACAUUCAAAAUUAAUGUAAAAAUUUAUGAUGAACGGAAUAUACAAAUUUUAAAUAAUAGGAUCAGCAGUAAUAAUGUUUUCUUCUGCCUCAGGCUCCAAAAUUACUCCACAUAGCACUGAUCUAGAGGUGGGUAAAAGAUGCCCAUAACUUAUUAAUGUUGUUGAUGGAGAGGAACAAGAGUGAUAGCAGAGAAGAUUUCAUAGACAUGAUCUUAAGAUAAAUUCCAUAGAAUGAUUUGGAGUUCUUAUAGCCUCCAUUCCCACUUCCACAAACAAACAAACAAAAGCAUAAUUUUGUCACUACCUGAGGCAGAAGAGAUGAAGAUUUGGAAAGUCAAGGGGAACUCUAACUAGAAAUUGUUAGUUCAGAGUGUUUGGAGGGAAGGAUGAAUGCAGGGAAGUGAGAGUUGUUGAUGUUGGGAAGACACAAACGGCCUGGAUUAGGGACAGUUUUGUGUAAAUUACUUAAGGAAUGGGAUUUGAUCAGGACUAGUGGCAAUUUAUUUAAAAUCUUAAAGAAUAAUAUGAUGAAAACUAACAUUCUUAUUUUUCUGUUUUAGAGAAAUCACCUCAUUAUUGUGUAAACUAUGACUGGAGGGUCACAAAUCUGGAGGUAGUGAUAGUAGAGCAAUUGAGAUCACUUAUUUUUCUUUUCUCUCUAAAACUUUGUCUUCUAUUCCUUCUUUUUUAAUCACAUUGACAUCAUUGUCAUUUGUAAAAAUGAUAUAUGACUAUUAAAGAUAGAUAUUGUAGAAAUUUUAAAACAAUCUCAAAAUUCUACCACCCAGAAAUUAUAAAUAUUUUAUGAUAUUUGGAUAUGUUUGUAUAGAAGAGUAGAUUGUUUGGUUAAAAGACAUAGUUUUAUAAAUGUAGAAGCCAAUAUAACAUAUGCUGCCUUUAAAUAAUAAAAAAAUUAAAUUGACUUUUAUCUCAAGAUAAAAAUAGGAGGGUAAAACUGAAGAAAUUAUUGAAAUUUAGAUGGUGUUUCUUUAAAGCAAGAGAUUUAAAGAGACAGUGCUUUUUAUCCCAGAUUUCAAGCUUUACUUCAGGAAAAUUUUCUGCAAUUAUGUCUAAGUAAAUUUUCUUUUUAGAAACGCCAAUUAUAUCAAAUCCCUUUUGUCUCCAUACAGUGGUCCCCAACUGUUUUGGCAAGAAGAACCAGUGAGUGUGGUUUUCAGAUGAGACUGUCCCAUCUCAGAUCCUCAGCCAUUAGUUGAUUCUCACAAGGAGCUGACAACCUCGCAUGCACUCCUAUGAGAAUCUAAUGCCGCCAGUAAUCUGACAGGUUGCAGAGCUCAGGCAGUAAUGCUCAAUGGACACCAUUCACCUCCUGUUGUGCCACUCAAUUCCUAACUGGUCACUGAUCAGGGGGUUGGGGGACCCCUGUUCUAUAACUAUAUACAGUAUUUGUUUUUUAAAUAUACUUUUAAGUUCUGGGGUACAUGUGCAGAACAUGCAUGUUUGUUACAUAGGUAUACACCUACCAUGGUGGUUUGCUGCACUCAUCAACCCAUCAUAUACAUUAGGUAUUUCUCUCAAUGCUAUCCCUCUCCAAGCCUCCCACUCCCCAAUAGGCUCCAGUGUGUGAUGUUCCCCUCCCUGUGUCCACGUGUUCUCAUUCUUCAACUCCCACUUAUGAGUGAGAACAUGUGGUGCUUGGUUUUCUGUUCUUGUGUUAGUUUGCUGAGAAUGAUGGUUUCCAGCUUCAUUCAUAUCCCUUUGAAGGACAUGAACUCAUCCUUUUUAUGGCUGCAUAAUAUUCCAUGAUGUAUAUGUGCCACAUUUUCUUUAUCCAGUCUAUCAUUGAUGGGCAUUUGGGUUAGUUCCAAGUCAAGGAUCUAGAACUAGAACUAGGAAUAUUAUUUCACCCAGCAAUCCCAUUACUGGGUAUGUACCUAAAGGAUUAUAAGUCAUUCUACUAUUUACAUUAUUAUUUAUAAUCACUUUGGUAUCUAUAAAAUUUUUGUUAACUUUUGUCAACCAUGACCCUAUGACUUUUUAGUUGUGAUUAUUCUAUUUUGCAACUUCUGGUGUAUUUUUCAACUUCAUAAUGGUUUAUUUUGUUUUCCAUUGCUUUCUUGAUCACUGCCAUUUCAUGUAUCUUUUUCUGUUUAUACCAUUGUUUCAUUGAAAUAUCUUCUUUGAGCUUUUCAUUUUCUAUAUUAAUGAGAUCAUGUCUGUAAUAUUUUUUGAGACUACAGGGAACUAUUUAUGUAAAUGCUUCCUCCAUUUCCUGAAAAAAGUUUUUCUCUGGCGUGAGCUUCAUCUGCUUUUUCAUUGAGUGUUUAUCGCCUUUGCCUAGUUUUUGGGCUGAUUUCUUUCUAUUAAUCACUGAGCAGAGCCAGCUAUUUACUGAACUAUAGUGUGGGAAGUGGUGGGAGGGUGAGUCAGAUCGGCCCACAGAAGCUAUUUAAUUUCAGGUUUCAAGCCCACCUCCCCAAAUCUGUUUUAUGUGUUUUUUCUUCUGCCCAGGCAACAUAUUUUUAAACCUAUUUUUGAUAUUUGAGUGGCCAAUGUAGUUCACAGUGUAAAACUCUCUGUUUUACUUUCUCUAUGUUAUUGCUAGUGAUUACUGCUCUUAGUCCCUCCUCCUUCCCCAUGUUAAACUUAGUAUUCUGUAUUAUGCAGCAGGCUGGUUCACAACUCUUAAAUAUAGGCUAUCAGAAUUUUUAUCUUUAUCUCUACAUUCCACUAUUCAAAAGUAUAUAGUGAAAAUACAUGAAGACAGAUUUUGUUUUUUCUUGCCUAUUUACACUCCAUCUUAGGGAGGCUUCAAACAAUCCAUCUUUGUUUGAAACAUCUCAGGAUAAUGAUACUUAUUUAAAUCUACAUCCUGCCCAAGAUAUAUGCCAGUCAAUUUCCUUUCUCCUAUUAGUGCAAAUGUCUACCUAUUUAAAAGAUAUUGACUAUAGUUUGUCAUGAAUUACUUGUUAGUUACAGAUACGGUUUGUUUUUUUUCCCUCAAUUUUUCAUUAUGUUAUUUUUGGAGGUUCUCAUAGGUGGGGAGUGAAUUAUAAAUAUUUUUAUUUCACCAUCUUUAACUGAGUCACCAUUUGUUAUUUGCACUUCCAAUAGACCAGGGAUUGACUAGAGUAUCUUUUACUGAUAUAAUAAAGAGAGCUACGUGGUUUUUACCUUCUGUAUAUCAGAUGUCACUGGAAUCAAACAUUAAACCUAGAUUAAAUCUGAAUUAAGUCAGCCAUAUGACACCUCAGAAAAUUGAGAAGGACUAGAAAGCUAAUAGAAAGAACUCCUGUAUAAAAAAUAAAUUCUCGGCCAGGCGCAGUGGCUCACGCCUGUAAUCCCAGCACUUUGGGAGGCCGAGGCGGAUCAUGAGAUCCACAGAUCAAGACCAUUCUGGCCAACAUGGUGAAACCCUGUCUCUACUAAAAUACAAAAAAUUAGCCGGGCGUAGUGGUGUGUGCCUGUAGUCCGAGCUACUCAGGAGGCUGAGGCAGGGGAAUCACUUUAAUGGGGAGGCAAAGAUUGCAGUGAGUCAAGAUUGCAACACUGCACUCCAGCCAGGUGACAGAGCAAGACUCCAUCUCAAUCAAUCAAUUCUUUUUAUGUUUUCCUUGUUAGUAUUUCUGCAAGCUUCUUUAGCUUCUGUCAGGGAAUCCCAGAGUUGACCUGUGAGAGUGCUUCCCUUUCAUUUUUCAGUUUCUCUUUUCCUUCCUGGGCUUUAUGUUUCAGUCAUGUAUUUCUAUCCGAAUGCUAAUUUAUUACAUUGUUUAUACUUUCUUGUCCUUCAAUUCAUCAGUAGAUUAGUGAAGUAUUUAUUUCUUAUUAUAUGUAUAAACAAUUAUAAGUUCUUUUGAGAUAAUGCUACAUUUAAUGAAAAUUUUUAAAAUGCCUAUGGUGUCUUAAUAGCUUUUCUCUGCCACUAAUUACUUCUGUUAAAAAAUAAAAGGAAUACCAAUGUGUAAUAUAAAAGAAAUUUUGAAUAAAAUGGUAUCCUUUCCUUUUACUAGAAACAAACAUCUCCACUUCAAAAUGGAAAAAUGGAACUAUGCAGAAAAAAUUUACAAUAUUCAAGAGUAUUAUUUUAUCACCAAACCAUUAAUUUAGUUGAAAAUACUAACCUGGGAAAAAGAAUUACACAAAUAUAUUUGAAAUGUCAUCAGAGACCUCAAACUAUGACAGAGUUGGUCACGUUAAACAAGUAGUAUAGGAUAAAUAUAUUCUAUAUUAACACUAAAAUUUAAAAUUAAUUAUAGUCUUCUUUAAUUUUUCUACUAUAUAUACAUUUCAUCCAGCUUUCAGUAAAACAAACUUUUCAUUACUUUUACUUAUCCCAUGUAAAUCUAGUUUCUAUAAGACAUAACCUACUUUGGAAAUAUCUGCCUGUAAUACAUUGGGAUUUUUGUGUAUGUGUGUGUGAUCAGAGAGAAUAAAUAAACACUGUUAGUAAAAUAUAAUAUAAAAUAUGGAGAUAAUGUGGAUUUACACAAUUUGAUAGGUAUUUUUUCCUUGAUUUUUGUAGCUCAUAUAUGAAUAUCAUAAUGUGAAAUGCAAUUAGGAUGUUUUCAAUGUACUAAUACAUAGACAUCAUCUCUUUAAUACAAUAUUUUGCUGAACUCAUUUGUUUUAUAUUUUCUCAGCUAUGUCCCAUUUUUAUUUUUUUCUACAGUAUGCAUUAAGAGUCUGGCAAAUACAUGCACAAAACUAUGUUGUUGGCAAUAUAAGAUUACCAAUUGCAUAAUAUUAUUUCUGAAGGCAAAUUAAUAUGCAGACUAUAGAUUUCCAUGGAUAUAUACACAUAUUAUUACUUGAAGUCCAUAAAAAACACCUUCCUUUGGGGAAAGUCAAAGAAGCUCUGAUAACAGAAAAUGUAUGGCAUUUCAGUUAACCCUUGACUGACAUAUUUUUUCUCAGUCUUUUAUAUUUGUGAAUUGGAGUCUGUAUUUUGUCUUUACAGAUGUUGCUAAUACAGUGCAGCAUGUUGGCUUGUCAUUUUACUGAUUAUGUAUAUUGUCUCCUAGUUCAAGUAUACAGUAAAUCAGAGCUUUCAUUUUUAAGAGGCAGAAAAAUUAUUGUUGGUUGAUAAGGUAAGGUUAUGUGAUUUUUAAGGGAGCUUCAUUGUAAGUUGAAUGAAAAUCCAUUUUUCAUGCACAGCUGUAUAUAUGUGAUAAGACUUUGAAUGGCUAUAGUUUGAAAUAGGAGGUUAAUUUUUCCACUGAUUUAUCCUUAAUGAAGAAAACCCCCUGAUAAUUACUUUGAUUCUGAAAAUGUUGAAAACUCAAGAAGAAAUAAAGGUUUUCUUUGAUUUUUCAGCUGAAGUGUUGUAUAAAUAAAGUUCAUUCCCUUCUGUCUUCUCCUGAAUAAUUUUAAAAUUGUUUGUUUAGCUGUGCAAUUGAAAAUACUCCUUAUUAUAGAAGUAAAAAAGCAUAUUUUAUCAUAUCAUAACUAAAUUUGUUAUCAUCUGAGCUUUGAUAUUCUUGCUCAAUUAGAAUAGUAAAUGUGAAGUAUGAUAUUUAUAAGAGUUCGAGGUUUUGUAGGAGAUACAGGUGUUUUGAUUUUAUGGGAAAAUUAUUUCCUCAAGAACAUAUUUCUUGAGGUUUUAGUAAUCACAUUUGACUCCCUGAAAUUGGCAAUUUUAUUCUAUGUAGGAGUAGUAACAUGGUAUGUUAUAGUGAGGAGCACUUAGUUGUUAUGAUUUGGUUUUUGCAAAUUUAUUUUGAAAAAAAGGAAUGUUACCGAUUAUUGGUUUACUAUUUUAAAGUAAUUCAUCAGGAAAUUAUUUUUAAACACUGUCUCUUUAAGUAAAUGUCCCUUGCUUUUCAAAGCUAAACUUAUUACUCAUGGUUACACGGUUCCUUUGCUUCUUAAAACAAAAUUUAUACUAGAGCAUAGCAUUGUAGAAUUAUUCAGGUCUCAAUUUCUCACUGGAAAAUGAGUCUUUAAAAUAGUGAGGAUUUAAAUUUCUAUAAAAUUUAAUCACAGAUACUUAUAUUUUAAGAUAAAUGUGUUGGAGCUAAACUCUGGAAUUACUAAAAUAUAAAACAUUAUAUCCCUCGGAUGUAUUUUUUCUAUUUAAAUUUAAAACAAUAAACAUAAAUAUCUUUGGAAUAUUUUUUGGUUUUGUGUAUUGUUUUUUCUGUCUAUAAAUAUCCUUCCUUUAAAUUGGUCACAGUAUUGUGUCUGACUUGAUGGUUCACUUUGGAAUCCCUGCUGCUAUCAUGAAUGUUCCUAGUUUUUACUUAACAUCUAAUUCUCUGCAUGACAAUACCACCAUGGAGAUUGCAGUUUUGCCAAGUUUUAAUGGUUGGAAAAAUUCUUUGUAGGUUAUAUGGAUCAAGAAAUGGGAGAGGAUCUGUAAUAUCUGAUGUGGCAUAAUAAAAACUUUUCACCAUGUGGUUUUGGUUCA